AUGAUUCACGAUGAAUCAGAUAAUCGGGGGACGGGUCUGAGAGAUGUCUUUGACGUUCUUGAAAAAGUGCCUUCGGAGCGUCUGCUGAGCCUGUCGCUCCAGCUGGGUGACACGCCUGAGGACUGCAUCGUACAGGCCUUGUGCCUCUUCAUUCUCCGGAGAGGGGCGCAUGCCCUGAACAAGCUCCAGAUGUUGGGGGACAACUCCCUCGCGAAACAUCUGGCCGAAAAGUGGCGUGCCAGUGGAGGUAAAUUAGAAGGUUUCGGAGUCGAUUGCGGUGACUUCCGAGCGCAGUCGGGGGAAUCGUUGUCGGUGCUGGCUCGGAUUUUCAAAGUUCUGUAUGAGAAGAGGCUGUGUGAUCCGCUCCUGAGGAAUCUGGCUUACAAGAGGGCCCUUUCCUGUGACGGUUUAAAGACAGACAACACUGAUAAUCUGGAGUAUCACCAGUUCAGAGAGGAAGCUAAAGUGGCAUGUGGACCUGCCGAGUGGUUGUUCUCCAACUCCGACUUCAAACUGGAAUCUUCUCCUGAUCCAAACAGAAGUCUGGAGGAUGGAGACGGAACCUUAAGAGUCUCAGCCACUCAGGAUAGAUUAUCGAAUAGUCCCUGCCCUCUGCAGGAGAGCACCUCAGAGCCCUCAUAUCCCAGUCACCUAGAGAUAAGUGUUCCUCCUACGGUUUCCUUCCGUAGGGACGAGGCUUCUCCAGAAACCUUACAAAACCCCAAACCAGAUCACUCUAUCCCGACUCCAGGUCAGGCUGAACAAGCCUCCUGGCAACCUCAGCAGCCCGAGCUGCAGCUCUGCUCCACUGGAUCUCCUCGGUCUGGACCAGAGACAGGCUCAGGAGCAGAAGAAACAUUGGAAUCGACGACCAGCAGGCUGAAAAGCUGCUUCACCCUUGACCAAAUCCCGGCCGAGCUAAACAAUCCCAGCAUUGAGCCGCGCUCGGCUCGGCCGUCUGCCGCAUCCAUUUUGUUACCCAAGAUGCCCGUUUCCGAAGGAAUGCGUGAAAGUCAGGUCGACGAAGAGGAGGAAGACGAAAGAUUUUAUGCAUUCGUCAUUUUGCACGCCCCGGAGGACGCCGAGGUGGCCGAGAGCAUGAGGGAAAAACUGGAAAGCGUCAUCUGCUGUGAAGGGGCCACCUUCUCAGAGGACUUUGCCCUGUUUGGGAAAAGCACUCUGAGGUGCGUGGAGGACGCCAUCAACAACUCGGCCUUUACGUUCCUUCUGCUCACCCGCAACUUCAACACAAAAAUGCUGGAGAUGAAGACCAACAUCGCUCUUAUCAACUCCAUAAACAACCGGCACAAGUUCAACACGGUCAUCCCCCUGCUGCCCCGGGAGAACUGCAUGCCCCCGCAGAGGGUCCCCCUGGUGCUGCAGACCUUAGUGCCGCUGGAGGAGAAAAGGAGCUUUGAGAGGAAGCUUCAGAAGUCGCUGUCGCCCGCCAAGAUCGAGAGACAGAGAAGAAUAUGGACUCAGGAGCAGGCUUUGAGGAAAAAAAUGCGGGAAAAGGCCAAGUUGGGCUUCUGCGCGGAGCAAAACCUCCUCCUUAGCUCAGGCAGCUCUUUGGGACAGGACGCUGGUGACAGGGGGUGGUGGCCGCCACAACACAACAUUCAUAUCGAAAAUGCCAAAUACAUCAUGAUCGGCAAUGACUCUAAAAUGACGGUGGAUCUUGGUGGAGGUGCAUCCAAAGAUGGCUCAGGCUGUGCUGAGGAGGAGCAGUAA